CGAGCUUUCACACGUCAUCAUUGUGCGCCCGGAUGAACUAAAAAGGCAUGGGUGCAUGUGACAUUAGUGUUUUAUCACACGCGAAUAUUAUGCUCAAAUAAGUCGGAGUAUUAAACGGGACAUCCGAUAUUUAUCUUCGCGUGUUCCGCGGAACUACCUCGUACGAACGAUGCAGUCAGCGAAGGUCGGACGCUGCGCCUUUCUCUUUUCCAAAGUGUCGAAGGUAGCACGCGCUUCUUGUAGUUCGCAGCUCGCGGGCGUUAGCGCUUGUGAACGCAGACUGACAACCGCUGGCUCGCAGCCUGUGGUGAUCCGCAUCCCGCGACGCAUGCAAGAACGUAUAGAGAACAUCAAACAGAUGCAAAGCAAGAAGUUUGACAAGCUGCCAACAGUCAAGCCUGGAAGACUAUUGAUCAAGAGCAAGAACCCGCAACUAAACCAGUCUGUUGGCUAUACACUUGGGAAAUUUGAACAACCUGUUCUGACUUCCAAGGGAUGGAAGAGUAACAAAGCGUUAGGGGAUUACUUCUCCAUUAACAGCAUCCAAAGUGCUCCACCAUCUGUCCUCAAGCAGAAGGACGAGGGUGAUAACAGUGCCUCCGCCCCCCAGAAGACAUUUAAUUGCUUUAAUAUUUGCCCAGAGCUGGUUGAGACUUUACAUAGUCAGAAUAUAAUUCACCCCACCACAGUGCAGAUGCAAACCAUUCCCAAAAUACUAAAAGGACGCAAUAUUCUCUGUGCUGCAGAGACAGGAAGUGGAAAAACACUUGCUUAUCUCCUUCCUAUCAUCAACCGGCUGCAAGCGGACAGUCAAGAGCCCUUCGCAGACUCCGAGAGGAACAUUCGUGCUGUGGUCAUCGUUCCAUCACGGGAGCUAGCUGAACAAGUGGCGUCUGUAUCCCGAUCGAUCAGCAAACCGUUUGGACUCAAGGUCAAAGUCGCAGGGGGUGGAAGAGGUGUGGGAAAAAUCAAAGCAGCGUUCACUCAGGGUCAACCGGAUGUUUUGGUGGCCACCCCCGGGGCCCUGCUGAAGGCCCUCUGGAAGCGCUUCAUUAACCUGAACGAACUAAGUUUCCUCGUCAUCGAUGAGGCCGACACGAUGUUUGACAAAAGCUUUGCAGGCAUGCUUGAGAACAUUCUUUCGCAUACCGAGGUGGCAUCCAGGCUCUCGGAGACAGCUGGGCUCGUUCAUAAAGCUCAGCUGGUCGUGGUGGGAGCUACGUUUCCGGGUGGCGUAGGAGAGGUGCUCAGUAACGUCACUGACCUGGCCAGCAUGCUGAUCGUUAAAAGCCGGAUGCUGCAUCAUCUCAUGCCGCACGUAAAACAGACGUUUCUCAGAGUCAAAGGUGCCGACAAAAUUCUAGAGCUUCACCAGGUCCUGAAGAAGGCCGAAAUGGAGCACAAAAGCGUUUUGGUGUUUUGCAACUCCGCUUCCACCGUCAACUGGCUGGGCUACUCGUUGGAGGAAAUGGGCGUUCGUCAUAUGAGGCUCCAGGGAGAGAUGCCUGCGACUAUGAGAGAAGGAACUUUUACGAACUUUCAAAAAGGGAAUUUUGAUGUUCUAAUUUGCACCGACAUAGCUUCAAGAGGUUUGGACACUCAGAGAGUCAAGCUCAUUGUCAAUUAUGACUUCCCUGAGAAUCACACAGAUUACAUCCACCGGGCAGGACGAGUAGGGAGAGCAGGCUGCUCCGAGGCAGGGGAGGUGCUGAGUUUCGUUACGCACUCGUGGGAUGUGGAACUUGUGCAGAAAAUAGAGACCGCAGCCAGGAGGAGAACAUCUUUACCAGGGAUGGAAUCAGAAAUUCAGAAACCCAGCCAGGAAACAGACUUUAAAGAGAUGCAAGAUAAUUAAUAAAUGAAGGCUGAAACAUUAGCCUUAUAAAACAAUGAAAUGUUUGUGUAUUUGUUGUAUUAAAACAUUAAAAUAAGCGUGUGAAGAACAGUUUAUUCUAAAG